CUAAGCAUCGCGCAUUCAGUUUCCACUUUGCAUCACAGCAUGGCAACCAGCACCGACCAACCUGCCGAGGAGAGCGAGUAUACCAGACUGACUUUAGAGACCCUGCCUCCCGAAAUCAAGAAUGAGAUCUUCUCCCACCUUCUGCUGGGCACCAAGGUCAAGUACUCAACCAACGGUUCCUGGCCCGGUCACAGAUACAAGUUUGACACUACCAUCAUGCGUGUCAACAAGCAGAUGAAGCAGGACGCCGAGACUUACCUUCACGCCCAGAACGAGUUCGCCCUGAUCAGCUCCAAGUUCUUCGCAUUCGAGAUUGACAGAAAACGCUUCUUGCCCACUGUCGCUACAGCCAAGGCCGCCAGGUCCUUCAAGGGUCCCUCAAUCGAAGCUACCAUCACUCAUCUCGGAACACCCCUGUGUGUGUGCUGCAACCCCGCGAAGCACUGUGACAAAGACCGCGCCACCCAUGCCCUGUUUCUGGUCGCCAAUCUUGAACAUAUGGUUCGAGAACUACGUCUGGCAUUCCACAUGUGGCCCUCCAGGCCCAUCUAUGUCAUCUCCGAGAAGAACGUCUCUCCCGUCGAACAUAUCCCAGCCAAUGUCAACACCCAGGUCAAGAUCGUCUGGAAGGUCAACCCAUCUCACCGUCAGGACCUAACUCUUGCAGAGCGUCGAGCCAGACAGACACGAUUGCUUGCUCCUCUCGACUUUCCUACCGGCAGUGGCAANAAGAUCUCUGUCGUUGGUGUAGACAAAGACAUUGCUCGCAAGGUCACAGACCAACACAUGCCACGUAUCUUGUCUAUUGACGCUGUCGGAUGGGACCUUUUCCAUCUCCUCAAGGCUCAAAAGAAACACCUAGACUCUGUCUUGUCCCGAGGAUCACCGUCCCUUGCCGAUCUCAUCGACUCCUACACAGAUCUUGCUUGUGCGGGAUGGCAACUGGACAUCAUAGGCCACUGGAGGUACGCUUCUGUAACCAGACAUGUCUGCAUUCAUGGUAGAAUGGUGAGCAUGUGUCUGAUGCCCUGGGAUGAACUUGACGACGAAGACUACGAGGCAAAGAUCACAGACUCGUGGCAGUUGGCUGUUCUGUCCCUGGUACUCGAUUGUUUGUUUACAGUCGCGAGGCUCGGUCUGGAGGAGACCUUCGAGCAUCUGAAGGAGUGUGUUGACACCAUUCUGCAUGUGGUUGCAACUACCUUCCGCCCACACAUGCCCCACCUAGUUCCCGCUCGCUUCAGAGCCUUGCUCGGACAUUGGAAGGCCUGGUACGCUGCUCACGACACCUUCCAACUCCCCACGGCCCAGGAUCGUUAUGCCCGCGGCAUAGAAACGUUGGAAGCGGCAAGAAAGCUCGUCCCAGCUGAAGAUGAUGAGGUUUGGCGUCCGAUCAACGAAGAUUUGGAGUUCUUGAACAGAGUUGUUGCAGUAAGUCCAUCUCACUCUCCAAUGUGGCACAGAGAGAACCUCAAUAAAGGCUAUCUCAACGGCCAGACUCAUGAUUCGAUUGCAACUAGAGACUUCGGUCGCUUUUCCUUCCCAUGCAUCAACUUUCAGGGCCUGCUCAACCGUCCACGCAUUCACAACACGUCUGUCCGCCCCAGAACACCACGCGGACCGCUUCAAGGCUGGGCCACCAAGCAAGGAUUCCCCAAGCCGGAGGUGGCUGCACACAUGACGGAGUUUGUCGAUGCUUUCUCCAAGCUCAAGUUAGAGGAAAGAACCCACGAUUGGACCGACAAGACCCUCGAUAACGGUCACUUUGCUAGCGCCUUCUUGAACCUGCCUCGCGAUUCUGAAGAUGACGGCGACAUGCCUCCAGGUUUUCCUCAAGGCGCUUUCGGUAUUCAGGUUGGACCAGUGACCACUCUUGGAGAGAUUUUCGCAAGCAUGGGCAUGCCUAACGGUCCUCCACCUCCACAACCUCCACAACCU